AUGGAAGGGGUAAAUUUGGAUGCCAUUGGGAAUCCAAAUUGUCCUGAAUUCAUAGAAGAACUAGAAAAAUCACCUGAUUUGCUUACACCUAAGCAAGCCCAUGCAUUUUUUACCAAACUUUUUGAUGAUUUCAAACAAAAUAUCCCGUUAAGUGUAGCAAAAUUCAUAAUUAAAGUAAUAAUGGCGACAUUAGACGAUGAAACGAUUCUUAGUGUAUUCAUAUCAGGAGGAUUUGCUGUUAAACUUCCUGUUGGAAUAAAAGGGCUUAGAAAACCUAUUUGCGAUUUCUUAUACAGUCUUAUGCUUAAAGAUAUCAAUUCUAUUGAUACUGACGUUGUAGAGAAUAUGAUAACCCUAAUACAUUUAGAACCAUCAAAAGUAUUAACAUUAAUUGCAUAUUACUCAGAAAAUUUUGAAGAUGCUGAUGAUCCCUGGCCCAUGCUCGAUCUUUUGUUUACAAAUUCAGAGCCUUUUGAAGGUCCUGACAUCGCCGAAGAUUAUAUUUCACUCUUAACUCAUCUCGUUAAAAAUUACAAGAUUUUUCGUCGUGAAAGAAUCAAGCAUGUGUGGAAGCAUGUAACAAAGAUGCUGCAAAGCUUAGAUUUGGAAACCAUUAGAUUUUGUUAUAUUUGUUUAACAGAAAUAUCGAAAUACUAUGAGCAGGGUACUAUUGACCCGCUAUUGAUAAAGAAACAUCUUAAAUCAGAAGAUUUACAUCAAGUGAUUCUCUCUUUUCUGAUAAUGACCAAAACUGACCGUUCUCAAUUUGCCAACCAAGGCCUUUUAAGCGGUUUAAUAAAGAUAGCAGCACAUAAUAUUAAUGCCACAUUAGUUCUCAUGGAAUUAGCUACAAAUCCUGAAAUAGCACAAAAUUUAGCGAGUUUGAAUGGAUGGAUACUUAAAAAGUUGCCAACAGUAAAUGACACAUUACGCUUAGUCCUCGUUUUAUUCAAAAGCAAAGCUUCAAGGAAAAUUUUAGCUCAAUCUGAAGAAUUUCCUCAAUUUCUACAACUAAUAUCUAAAACACGAAAUUCAAGCCUAUUAUCGGCUAUAUGUAUGCUUGUGAGAAGAUUACCGAUAUCACAAGAUUUAAUUACGCAAUUAAGCGAAUCUGGAUUUAUCGAAACAUUUUAUUCAUCAGCUGAAUCUUCAAGAGAUGAAACAAGCUUGCAUGCCUUCUUGCUAUUAACGGAUAGACUUCUAGAUGGCGGAUAUGUUCCAGAAUAUGUUGAAGCUUGUGAUAUUGUUGCAGACAUUCUUAAAGAAGAAGGAAAUUUACUAGAGCCAGCUUCUUUUUUAGCUGUUAACCUUGCUGCAUAUAAGAAAUGUAAGAAAAGACUAAUUGAACUUGAAGUUGAUUCUUUCUUCGAAGCCAAUGCUAAAAGUGGUCCAUUGAAGAAAGUUGCAAGGCAAUUUCUUGCAACAUUGCAAGAAAAUACGUAA